AACGCCCAGGCGGCUCUGCUCUGCCCCUCCCCUCAGCUUCGUGCAGGCUUUCUCACAUGCAAACUUCUCAGAGGCAGGAAAUACUUUGCAGGCAAUCUGGGCCUGGUUGUGGAGGCCCCUCUCGCAAAACAUCAGUCUGCAUUUAGAAGACAGAAGUCACUAGGAACGCCUUGACAGGAUCCGGCUUUAGCUGAGGCUCCCUCCAGCUGCAGAGGGUGUUUUUGUUAGAAUCAUACACUGCGUGCAUAAGGAGAACUGCUUAGAAUAGAGCUGUGACCUCAGCCACGAAAUGUGAACUUAGAUUCUGGGGACUCUAACGGGACGGACUCUUCUCCUACCCUGUCUGGAACAGCAUCAUGCCUUGGCAGCACAGAGAAACUCCUGGUCCAGGCGACGAAAUGGCAGAAGACACUCUAUUCCUUGAUCCAUGAAUUCAAAAUCAUCGUUUGUCAAGUUCUAUCCCAAGCCAGCGUCAUAUGGAAUGCAUCUUCUUGUCUGCUGUUAAGCAAUGGUGACAUGUCUGUAGCUAUCAGAAAAAAGAGCUGGGAAGAGCAUGUGACCCAAAAGACUGGACAGCCUUUUAAUUCUGAUGAGUAUGACAUAGCAUGUCAUCACGGACUGGCAUCCGACAGCUUGCAGGCAAGUAUGGAAAAAGAUGCAACCUUAAAUGCGGACCAUAAAGAGCAGUGUGCCUCUCUACCAGACUGCUGUUGUGGGCCGGAGCCCAGAGACUUUCCUGGGAGGCCAAUGGGUCAUAUUUCACAGGAAGUGGAUGAAAGCGGCAGCCAGGAAGGGGAGGAGCGGUUUUUGUCUCUGGAGGCCAGCACAGAGACCCUAGUGCACAUUUCUGAUGAAGAUACAGAUUCCGAACUCCACCUUACCCAUGAUGCACAGAUUCCAACUUCCCCAAGACAUGACAGAGACGGCCAAUGUAGUGUCGAAGGAGUGGGCUCCCUCAUGAAGACACUGUCCACCAUGCAAAGUAACCAAGGUUCUCAUAACUCCUGGAGGAAGGCUGGUAAAGCCGAGGUGUCUCCAGCAGAAGAAAGUGGGGGGAGGCAAGGUGCUGAUGCUGUAACUAAAAGCCUGGAGCUUUGUAAGGAUAUAAGUUCAAAUGAAACAAAAGAUGUGCCCAAAGUAAGUACAUUCGAUUCUUUGAAUGUGGAAGAUGCUACACCUGAGACACAACUGCUUAAUUCUGCGGUAAUAGCUCAACAACGAAGGCAAUCUGACUUCCCUAAAGAGGAACAGGAAAAAUAUCGCUCCGGUGUAGUAGAAGUGGAGUUCUUGGCUGGUCCUUGUGCAGACGGAGUGCUACCAUUAUUAAAAGCAGAUAGCAGAAGCUGCCUUCUGCAGCCUCCUUCCUGCCCCAGUGGAAUGUCAGCAGAAAAUGACCCGGAGAGGAGUGGGUUCUCAGAACAUCAAAACAAAAGCCCUUUCAAGGUCAACACAGAAGAUGGCAUGCAGUGUUUACACUUAAGGGGCCCAGUGACCACCCAGGAGACCACAGACAAUCAAGUCAGACUGCGCAAGAGAAAGGAAACAAGGGACGAUCGAGACAGGACGCGGCUGGACUCCAUGGUGCUGCUAAUCAUGAAACUGGACCAACUAGACCAAGACAUCGAGGAUGCCCUCAGCACUGCCUCUUCUCCAUCCAGCACCCCAACAAACCUGCGGCGGCAUGUCACUGAUCUAGAAUCAGGAUCCGAAAGCGGAGCAGAUAUUGUCUCAAUAAAUCAGACACAGGCGACUCUGUCUUCUAAUCCUGACUCCAUCAAUCCAUUAUCCACUCCAGGGAGCAAUUCUGGAACCAAACCCAAGACCAUGGCUGUUCCAUGUAUUGGGGAAAAGGAAAUGGCUGAAAUUGAAGCUAAGGAAGCUUGCGAUUGGCUGAGGGUAACUGGAUUCCCCCAGUAUGCACAGCUCUAUGAAGAUCUCCUGUUCCCUAUUGAUAUUUCUCUGGUCAAGAGAGAACAUGAUUUCUUGGACAGAGAUGCCAUCGAGGCCCUAUGCAGGCGACUAAAUACUUUAAACAAGUGUGCAGUGAUGAAGCUGGAGGUCAGCCCUCACCGGAAGCGAAGUGAGGAUUCGGAUGAAGAUGAGCCUUGUGCAAUAAGUGGCAAGUGGACGUUCCAGAGGGACAGCAAGAGGUGGUCCCGACUUGAAGAGUUUGAUGUCUUUUCUCCAAAGCACGACCCAAUCCCUGGGUCCCCAGAUGACCCUCACUUGCAGAGCGCCACAAGCCAUGAGAGCAUGCUGACAGACCUUAGUGAGCGCCAGGAGGUUUCCUCUGUCCGAAGCCUCAGCAGCACCAGCAGUGUCCACACCCACAUGCCCCACAGCGGGGAUGCUGUGACACCCCGAACGAAUUCUGUCAUCAGUGUCUGCUCCUCCAGCCACUUUGUAGGCAACGAUGACUCUUUCUCCAGCCUCCCUUCCCCCAAGGAACUGUCCAGCUUCAGCUUCAGCAUGAAAGGCCAUGAGAAAAACACCAAGUCUAAGACAAGGAGCCUGCUGAAACGGAUGGAGAGCCUGAAGCUCAAGGGCUCCCACCACAGCAAGCACAAGGCACCUCCGAAGCUGGGGUUGAUCAUCAGUGCUCCCAUUCUGCAGGAGGGAAUGGAUGAGGAGAAGCUGAAGCCGCUGAACUGCGUGGAGAUCUCAGCCCUCAAUGGCAACCACAUCAACGUGCCCAUGGUACGAAAAAGGAGCGUGUCCAACUCCACCCAGACCAGUAGUAGCAGCAGCCAGUCAGAGACCAGCAGUGCUGUCAGCACACCGAGCCCAAUCACCAGGACACGGAGCCUCAGCACCUGUAACAAGCGGGUGGGCAUGUAUCUAGAGGGCUUUGACCCUUUCAGUCAGUCCUCCCUGAAUAAUGUGACGGAGCAGAACUAUAAGAACCGUGAGAGCUACCCAGAGGACACAGUGUUCUACAUUCCAGAAGAUCACAAGCCUGGCACUUUCCCCAAGGCCCUCUCCAAUGGCAGUUUCUGUUCCUCGGGAAACAGUUCUGUGAACUGGCGGACCGGAAGUUUCCAUGGCCCUGGCCACCUCAGCUUACGGAGAGAAAACAGUAGCGACAGUCCUAAGGAACUAAAGAGACGCAAUUCCUCCAGCUCUGUGAGCAGCCGCCUAAGUAUCUAUGAUAAUGUGCCGGGCUCCAUCCUCUAUUCCAGUUCAGGGGACCUGGCUGACCUAGAGAAUGAGGACAUCUUCCCUGAGCUGGAUGACAUUCUCUACCAUGUGAAGGGGAUGCAGCGGAUAGUCAACCAGUGGUCUGAAAAGUUUUCAGAUGAGGGGGACUCCGACUCAGCCCUGGACUCCGUGUCUCCUUGCCCAUCAUCUCCAAAACAGAUACACCUGGAUGUGGACCAUGACCGAAGGACACCCAGUGAUCUGGACAGCACAGGCAACUCCCUCAAUGAGCCUGAAGAGCCCACUGACAUCCCAGAAAGAAGGGACUCUGGGGUGGGGGCAUCCCUGACCAGGUGCAAGAGGCACAGACUGAGAUGGCAUAGCUUCCAGAGCUCUCACCGGCCGAGCCUAAAUUCUGUAUCUCUGCAGAUUAACUGCCAGUCUGUGGUCCAGAUGAACCUACUGCAGAAAUACUCACUCCUGAAACUGACAGCCCUGCUGGAAAAAUACACGCCUUCCAACAAGCAUGGCUUUAGCUGGGCUGUGCCCAAGUUCAUGAAAAGGAUUAAGGUUCCAGACUACAAGGACCGGAGCGUGUUUGGGGUCCCACUGACUGUGAAUGUGCAGCGCUCAGGGCAACCCCUGCCUCAGAGCAUCCAGCAGGCCAUGCGCUACCUCCGUAACCAUUGUCUGGACCAGGUUGGGCUCUUCAGAAAAUCAGGUGUCAAAUCCAGGAUUCAGGCACUACGGCAGAUGAAUGAAAGCGCUGAAGAUUAUGUCAACUAUGAAGGCCAGUCCGCUUACGAUGUGGCAGACAUGUUAAAGCAAUAUUUUCGAGAUCUUCCUGAGCCCCUCAUGACAAACAAACUCUCGGAAACCUUCCUACAGAUCUACCAGUAUGUGCCCAAGGACCACCGUCUCCAAGCUAUCAAGGCAGCCAUUAUGCUGCUGCCUGACGAGAACCGGGAAGUUCUCCAGACGCUUCUCUACUUCCUGAGUGAUGUCACGGCAGCCGUGAAGGAAAACCAGAUGACUCCCACCAACCUGGCUGUGUGCUUAGCCCCUUCUCUCUUCCACCUCAACACCCUGAAAAGAGAGAAUUCUUCCCCAAGGGUCAUGCAAAGAAAACAGAGUUUGGGGAAACCAGACCAGAAAGAUCUGAAUGAAAACCUAGCUGCCACGCAAGGGCUGGCCCACAUGAUAGCUGAGUGCAAGAGGCUCUUCCAGAUUCCCGAGGAAAUGAGCCGAUGCCGCAACUCUUACACUGAACAAGAGCUAAAGCCCCUCACACUGGAGGCCUUGGGACACCUGAGCAGUGAUCAGCCUGCCGACUACAGACAUUUUCUCCAGGACUGUGUGGAUGGCCUGUUUAAGGAGGUCAAAGAGAAGUUCAAAGGCUGGGUCAGCUAUCCUACUUCUGAACAGGCUGAGCUGUCCUAUAAGAAGGUCAGUGAAGGACCCCCACUAAGGCUGUGGAGGUCAACCAUUGAAGUUCCUGCGGCACCCGAGGAGAUCUUAAAACGUCUUCUGAAAGAACAGCACCUCUGGGAUGUGGACCUGCUGGACUCCAAGGUGAUAGAAACCCUGGACAGCCAGACCGAAAUCUACCAGUACGUCCAAAACAGCAUGGCACCCCACCCUGCUCGGGACUACGUUGUGUUGAGGACCUGGAGGACUAACUUACCCAGGGGAGCCUGUGCCCUCUUACUGACCUCUGUGGAUCACGACCGGGCACCUGUGGUAGGGGUGAGGGUUAAUGUGCUCCUGUCCAGAUAUUUGAUGGAACCCUGCGGGUCAGGAAAAUCCAAACUCACCUACAUGUGCCGAGCUGAUUUAAGGGGCCACAUGCCAGAGUGGUACACAAAAUCUUUUGGACAUUUGUGCGCGGCUGAAGUGGUAAAGAUCCGGGACUCCUUCAGUAAUCAGAACACUGAAACAACCAAAGAUAGCAAAUCCAGGUGAUUGCCAUGGUGAAACACCCGUGUCUGCUGCCUAGGUGAAACACCCGUGUCUGCUGCCUAGGUGGUUGUUUCCAGAGCCUUGCCAGUCCUCAGAGGAGUCCAUCUGGGUCUCAUUGACUAUAGCAAUUUGACGGGAUUUUUUUUUUUUUUUUUUUGAAGCUGCUUCCUGUUUGUCUUAGGUCUAUGUUAUAGACCUUGACUGGAUUAUAUAAGACUUGGGGCAUGGGAAAGGGGUGUACUGGUAUUAUUGAGAUUGCUUCUGAGAAGCAAGGACUCUUUCAGCUCAUAACGGAAGAUGGUAGAGAGGACGUCAUUCUCUCAUGACGUCAGCGCAUGUGUACCUAUGUUGUUUGCAGUGUGUUGAGAGACUGACGUGUCCACUGGAAUAGUUGGUACUCAUUGACAGGUUUUCUCCCUGAGAUGAGCAGAGGAUGGUUUGCACAGAGAAGUGUGAAUGUGUGUGAUGCUGGCUGAGUGGCAGGGAUAGAGAGAUGAGAUGCAGUGUCUGGCACACUGAGAUGCUCCACAUAGGAUGCUGAUUCAUACACCAGGUUUUGCUCCACCUGGAAUAGCCGACUACCCAGGGAUCUACCCAGAAGGGGAAUCCAGCUCCCCCAAGGCUGUUGUGUUGUUGUUGGGAGGGGGGGUGUUUUUUGAGUUUUUUUUUUUUUUUUUUGUCUUUUGUUUUUUCUUUUCUUCAAACCUUUGCUUUGUCUUUUGUUUUUUCUUUUCUUCAAACCUUUGCUUUCCCAUAAACUAUAGUUUCCCAUGACUGUAGUAAUGUAGCCAUUAAGACUAAAAAGCAUCCUCUCCACUCCCUUGACUGGCUCCAAAGGAAGGCUUUUAUUUACAAGAGAUGUAAAGGCCUAACACUAACACCCACAAGCAAAGUACUUUUUUAUUUCCAGGACUAGGAGUUGAACCCAGGGCCUUUUAUAUGCCAGGCAAGCACUCUACAGAGGACUUUAUCCCAAGCUCUGUUUUGACCUUUUAUUUUGAGACAGGGUCUCACCAUGUUGCCCAGGCUGGUCUUGAACAACUAACUCACUGUAUAGCUGAAGCUCCUAUCUCAGUCUGUUGAAUAGCUGGGAUAAGAGGUGUUUAUCAACACUUGUUACGUGUUAUAAUUCAUAGUAUUUUCAUGCUUGUGACAUAAGCCCUAAGAUAAACAAGGGAACACAGGGAAGUAUGUCCCCAGUAGAGUAAACCCAAGCACAAGAGGCUUUUGAUUAUUGGUGUUAUCAGUGUUCCUGACAACUACGUGUGUGUAUUUUCAUUGGGUUUGUCCUCGUGCACAAAUAGGUUUCUUGACUGUUUGUUAUUUUUCCUCCAUUUCUGUUUUCUCUCAUAAUGCCCUUGAACUGUAUUUUCAUAAAAAUGGGGGAUAAUAAUAAUCUCAGUGAAAAAAGAUAGUGCAGGCAUUUGGAAGGGUGGUCUUUAUACAGGUUUUACUGUAAUGAUAAAGAUUGACUCAAGACAGUAUUAGUAAAUUUAUUUUGUAUGGAUCAAAAAGUAAAUAACGUAUGAAUGAGAGUUGAAGAAGGAUUUUUAUUUUGUUAUAACUUAGUUACCUUGUCAGUAUUAUUUCAGAGGUUCUUUGAAGAAUGGGGGAGGGGGUCAGAGUAGAGUUUUAAAAUUUGAGUAUUUGAAUUACCAGUGUUGCUUGUGAAGAUGUGCGUGUAUAUUCAACUUUGUUGGCUUCUGGAUCUGUAAGAUUAUAUGCUGUAUAUACCAUUCUAUUGAGAAACAUGUACACAUGUCUGUCCACUGUUCUUUCAGACAUAGAUAAAGCAUGAUAAAGAUUAUUAUUUAAAAUAUACUUGUAUUUAUACCUCAGAUAUUCUUUUGGGUUUUGUACCUCAAGGUUCCCCUCUCCCCAUUGUAAAUACACAUGAAUACAGUUUUAGUGAAAAAAAAAAUGAGUAAAUAAAGGAAGUUUAUAAUGUACCCUAUAUCUGUACAGAGUAUAUUCAGUAAAUGCACUAUUAAAUGUUUAAAGUAAGGGGAAGAGUCUGGCCUGCUUUCUGCAUUGCAUCUUCUCCUUCUGCCCUUAGAAGUAGGGAUUGCAAAGCAGAGCGGCCCAAUGCCAACCAAAGUCCAAAGAAAACUCGGACGACGAAUCAUUCCAAGGCCAAGCUGCAACUGAGCCACUCACCCACAAACAGGAAACCCUGGUGAAGGUUCAGGAAGCCUGAAGAUUCUCUCCACACCAAGGUCAGACACGAUGCUGAGAAGUUACUAGAAUGGAGCAACAGCAACGGAACAAUUGUUAAAAGCAAAGUCAAGGUCACUGAUUAAUCCACAAAAGGUCUCUUUCCCAUAUUGAACUUUCCUGUUGAAGGGAUUCCUUAGGUCUGGCCGGAGAAGAAGUCAGAGUGCCUUGGGACUUUUUAAGAACUAGGCUUACAUUGUGUAACAUCCCACAACUUGUCCGUGUGAGUCAUUGUAUAGAUUGCGAGUUCUUCAAGGGCAGACACAUCUCCUGCACACCUUUGUAACCCUCUACAGCAGCUUUCAGUGUUUUGUACUUGUAGACACCUAAUAAAUUUAUCAUUUGCUAAAGAA